CAAAAAAACAAGCACAAAACGGAAAAGGGAACUUACAUAUCUUUUCCUUUCCCACAUACUUUUAAAAAGGAGAAAAUUCAAUCAAAACAGAACAAUUCAUUCUAAAACCUCUAUUCUCUGCAAAUUCUUCUUCUUCUUCUUCGAUCUUCACAAGAAAUCAUAUAAACAGAAGUUCUGUAAUAUGAACGAGAAAGCACGUAUUAGUAAGGAGCUUAAUGAAAAACACAGAAAGAUACUCGAUGGGUUACUUAAAUCGCCGGAGAAUCGAGAAUGUGCCGACUGUCAAAGCAGGUUGAUGGCAUGACAUUUUUUGCAAAGGCUCCUAGAUGGGCUAGCGUAAAUCUCGGGAUAUUUAUAUGCAUGCAAUGUUCUGGUGUUCAUAGAAGUCUUGGAGUACACAUAUCGAAGGUGAGAUCUGCUACUCUUGAUACAUGGCUGCCAGAUCAGAUUGCGUAUAUACAAACCAUGGGAAAUAAUAAGUCAAAUCAAUAUUGGGAAGCCGAGUUGCCUCCGAAACACGAUAGAGUUGGGAUUGAGAAGUUCAUUCGUGCAAAGUACGUAGACAAGAGAUGGGUUUCUCGAGACCGAAAACUUGAACCGCGUUCGAGUAUAACACGAGAAGAGCAUGCACCCGUUGAGCCCACGGUUAGAACAUCAACUAGGGUCAUUAUCCAUUUACCCGAGCAAAAACAAAGCCCUCAGCUUUACAAUAAUAACAAGCUUACACCUCCCCUUCCUCCUAAAGUUGUUGAGCAUAAGGUCAUUGUUCAACGAAAACAAAUCAAACCUGAAUCAAAGACAGAGGAACAUAAAGUUGUUGAGACUGUAUCGGACCAAAAGGUUAAUGACUAUCAUGCCACUGAUCUUUUUGAUCUUCCACAAGCAAGAACUCAAGCAUGUGGUCCAGUGAUACCGGUGACAGAAGACAACGAUACCAAAAAAUCAAGUAACAAAGUGCAAACAAAGUCAAAGUCAAAGUCAAAAUCUGAAUUUGAGGAUCUUUUUGAUGGAUUAGAUUGGGCCGCUCCACUGACCCAAGAACCAUGUAAACAAGUAAAACCGGACAUCAUGAAUCUUUCCGAAAAGUCAACCAUGGUGCACCCGUCUCCAGUUCAGCACCCACAACUAGCAGUUCAUAGUCAACAGCAAUUUAAGUUGACCGGAAAUCAUCAAACCAAUGUGAACGCCCUGAAUGGGCUCCACCGACCGAUCGGGAAUCAGGGAUUUUACACAACGUCCAGCAUGAAAUCUAGACCGUCGAAAGGAGCGGUAGGCAUCCCGACUCAGUUAGGGGGUGAAUAUGACUUCUCAUCGUUGACGCAGGGGAUGUUUUCCAAACGAUAGGUGUAUUCGAGAUAUAGAGUUUAUAGUUGUUACUGCUUCAUAAUCAUUUACAAAUACAAUUCUUAUUGUAAAGUUAAUCAUUUUGUCAAUAUAUUUUAUAUAGGUGGUGCCACCAACCCUUAUCAUUUCA